UAAUAGGCGAACUGUUGUUAUCCACUUCCAGAAGUAGUAUUGAACGAAACUCGAGGCACCGUCAAAACAGAAUGGCUAUGGUGGAAAAUGGACGUGUUGAUGCUGAAGAAGACGAUGGUUUGCGCACUGUGCCCACCGUUCGAGCUUUAAGCCCGGAGGAGCUGGACAGACUGAGCAGUGACCACACUGUGGUGUCCCACUUCAAGCAGAUGAAGCUAGAAAAGGAAACUCAGAAAAACUGGGACUUGUUUUACAAAAGAAAUACGACAAAUUUCUUUAAGGACAGACACUGGACAAGCAGAGAAUUUGAAGAGCUCAAAGCAUGCAGAGAGUUUCACACUCAAAAGCUGGUGCUCCUGGAAGCUGGCUGUGGCGUAGGUAACUGCAUCUUCCCUCUGCUGGAAGAGGACCUCAAUAUCUUUGUUUAUGCCUGUGACUUCUCACCACGAGCUGUUGAAUUUAUUAAGCAAAACCCUCUGUACUGCCCCGAGCGCUGCUGUGCCUUCCAGUGUGAUCUAACCAAAGAUGAUUUGAGGGGCAAUGUGCAAGAGGGCAGUGUGGAUGUUUGCACCCUUAUCUUUGUCUUGUCAGCCAUCCAUCCUGACAGGAUGAGGUUGGUUCUGCAGAACCUCGAAAGGGUGCUGAAGCCUGGAGGAAUUGUUCUGUUCAGAGAUUAUGGCCUGUAUGAUCAUGCUAUGCUCAGAUUUAAAUCUGGCAGUAAACUGGGGGUGAACUUCUAUGUCCGCCAAGAUGGCACCAGGUCCUAUUUCUUCUCUAAAGAGUUCCUGGCAGAGCUUUUUGAAGAUACAGGCUUCCAGUGCAUUACUAAUGAUUACAUUCUGAGAGAGACGGUCAACAAGAAGGAGGGACUUUGUGUUCCCAGGGUAUUUCUGCAGAGCAAAUUUACAAAGCCUGGCCAGUCACAGAACUCCUGAUGUUACUUUUCUGAUGUCUUGUGAGAGAUAUGUCCUCUUUCCACGAUAUAGGACUGAAACAUCAGACUGAAAUUUGAUGAAGCCAAAUAAACAUAUUGUUGGGGUGAGUUGGAAGCCUAAAUGUCACAGAUAUGAGCUUGUAAUCCAUAAAAUUAGGAGUGAUAAUCCUGAAGAUCUGCCUUUGUAAUGGUUUCUCACAGUUCUUGUACCGGGAAUCUCUGUGGUGGAAAUGAGCAUAAAUGUGGUGAAAAUGCUGAAAA